AAUGAAUGCUGGGGGAUUGAGAGCCGGCGUUUAGAAUGCACGUGGAUUUGCUACCGGACAUCAUAUUAGGAAGUAUUUUUUCAUACCUGUCGCUGCAGGAUUUAAGAAGCAGUUCUUUGGUGUGCAAACGGUGGUACAGCAUACUGAAUGAUGAGGAUAAUGAUGUCUGGAGGUUGCAUUGCAUCCGCAAGUUGGCGGAAGAAGUCUUGAGCUCAGACCUUCUGUCUUCCACCCCUACCUACAAAGCAAAGUUAAAGGCAUUGUACCAUGCUUGGAAUCCUGAAGAUUGCUCCAGGAACAUUUAUAUCAAACCUAAUGGAUUCACCAUUCACAGGAACCCUGUUGCACAGAGUACUGAUGCUGUCAGAGGAAAAAUUGGAUUCAGUCAUGGUAGGCAUGCUUGGGAGGUUGUAUGGGAAGGCCCCCUUGGCACAGUUGCAGUUGUUGGAAUUGCCACCAAGGAAGCAACUCUUCAGACCCAUGGAUACAUAGCUUUACUAGGAUCUGAUGACCAAAGCUGGGGUUGGAAUUUGGUUGAUAACCAUUUAUUACAUAAUGGAGAUUCACAAGGCAAUUACCCAAUGCUGAACAAUGCACCUAAAUACCAAGUUGGAGAGCGAAUACGAGUCAUUCUCGAUUGCGACGACAACACGUUAGCAUUCGAGAGGAAUUACGAGUUUCUUGGAGUGGCAUUCAGAGGCUUACCAGAAAAGCUUUUAUACCCUUCCGUGUCGGCUGUCUAUGGGCACACGGAAGUCUCAAUGGUCUACCUGGGCCCUCCUUUGGAUGGCUAACCACCUCUCUCCUUCCUUGUCCCUUUGCCUGAAUAGAAAAAUUCUUUUCAUGAACCAAUUCCUGUAGGCAAAUCCGUUUUGCCAACGAAGAAAGGACGUUGUUAUAAAAGAAUCCAAAAGUUCAAUGUACAAAGGUUGCGUUGAGUACCUAUCGUUCUGACUUGAAGCAUUCCCAUAUUUCUCAUUCGCCCUUUUAUUCUUUGUUGUUUCUUGUUUCUCUCCUUCGUGUGUGUCAGGUUGAUUGUAGUGGGUUACAAUUCAGUGUGUGUGCGUUCAACUUCAACCGAUAAGCUAACAAAAGGUUGAUGCUUCGGUCUGCCACUUGCGAAUUAAAAAUGUAUACCUUAAUUUUUCCCCUGUGUAAUGUGUUUAUAUAACUUGCCGCUCACGAUGAUAAUAACUUUCUGGAACUCUUAUUGCCCAAAAUUUGGGUCUCUUUGAAUAAACGAAGUCACUUUCCUGUUCCAGUA